GCUUGCUCGUAAGAUGUACUAUAUCUUGGAAAUGAGCGCGGCGCAGCAAGAGGCUCAAGGAUGCCUGUCGACAAAAUAGCAUCUAUAAAUUCAACCGCAGAAGUAAUCGUGAGAUCAGUUUCUAGCAUUCAAACUUGCUUGCCAGGUACAUGGACUCGUUCCAGUGUCGCUAUGGGAUAUACGGUAUAUACACCACUACCUGGUUUUUGAAACGGGUUGGUCAUUACCAUUUCAUUCUUCCUCGUGCGUACGGGGCUAGCCUUAAAGCUAGCCUCUCCGACUGCGAAGAUGACAUCGUUACGAGGGAGAUAGGUCCUUCAAGAAAUAAAACGAGGAAUAAAAGAAACAAUAACGAAAGAAUAUCAAAUCUGAACAAUCGAUUUCAAGCAGCGUAGGGGAAAGCCAGGAAUGAAGGAUAUUGAGGGUCAGC